ACACUUGAGGCUGUACUGGCAUCCUUCAGUACCCGGCUAGCUGGAAAAGAUGGGGCGCUUGGCCGCAUGGGAAGUCGACUUAUCUUUGCGCGAUCCCGCAUGUGUCAAAGUGAUCGAGCUUGGGUCACAGACGAACGACAGGGUUGAGCUCGAAAGUUGGGGAGGAUAUCACUCGCCAGCGCCCCCACGUCAAAUCAUUGGGGCAUUUAUCCCUCUCACUUUUCCCUUUCAGCUUGAAUUGAGGGCGGCCCGGGGGACGAGGCAUGGAUGGUUCGAUUUCUCGUCCGCGCAAGCGCAGAGGAAUUGCUCUUUCGAAGAAUGGCGCCUUUCAUUCAUGACGACGAGCAGAAGUUCUUCUUGCCGACACGCGAGGCUCAGAGAACAGGCGGUCAUGGAGCCGAAAACCGCGCGGAUCCCGAUAUGUUGCUGGGGACGGACAGCCGAGCGGCGAUGCUCGACCGGGCUGAGGACAUAUCCGUCGCGCUGGAAUGGAAGUUGCUGCUUCCGCUGCUCGCCCGCGGGGUGAAGGACCCACGGCCGAGCGACCGGCGACAAGUUCUUGAAGCGCAGGACGAGAAUGACGUACAGGCCUGCAUGGAACAAGCCUACGGAUCCAUUGCCCAGGCGAUCAGGAAAGCAGGCGAAACAGCCGUUACCAUGCACUCGCUCCUGAAAGACAACCUUGAGGAGAAGGAUUUCUGGGCCUCUGGCUGGGUGGUCAAGAAGGCCAACUCGGCCGAGCCUCUGGAGGAGGAGAAGUCUUUCAGCGGAUACGUGUGGGUGCCGGUUGAAAUCUGCUCGCCCAAGAUGCGAUUUCAAGACCCCGAGACCCAGGCCCGCAUGCAACGGGUGAUGGACGUGUUGAACUCGAGCCAUCGCUUGGCUGCGAACUGCACUUGCGAGGUCCACAUACACCUGGGCCGGAUGGAUGGCCGACCGUGGUCAUUGCCGACCCUCAAGAGACUCGGCACGCUCUUGUGGCUGGCGGAGCCGACGUUGCGGAGCAUCAGGGACCCGAGGUCGCCGAACUUCCACAACGUCUAUACCUGGGGGUUCGCGAUGAGGCGGCACAGCCGGCUUGCCAGGCGGGUGGGCGAGCUGGCAACCUUGCCCAGCGAUGAGCAGGGAACGAUCCCAGAGACGCAUGUCUUGGACGCUCUCCAAGGCCCCAUGGCGGUUCCUGCUGAGGAGCGCAUGGCGCUGAUCGAAAUAUGGAAGACUGCUUCGCAUCUCGAGCUCGGCCAGCUGCUAUCGGGACCAGCGAAGAAAACCCGGCGGCUUGGCUUCAACUUCAGCGCGUUUGGCGAGGAAGACGAGCGAGCGAGGCGCAACCCACGGACCGUGGAGUUCCGGAUGAUGGACGGUUCGGUGAGGGCCGACUUGAUUUUGGGAUGGUUGGCCAUUUGCGGCAGCAUUGCCCAGAGCGCGGUCUCGACCUCCGACGGCCGUUUUGCUGCGGCUAUCCGAACCUCCUUGAGGCAGCGAAUAGACGAGGCGACAAUAAGAGACACAAGAGAAACGGUGGGGCAUCGACGGGGACGGGAGUUCAGGGAGUUGAUGCAGGCGCUGGGCGUGGCUGCGGAGCACUACCGCGGCCUGGAAGAGAAGGUCACGCGAGAGCAUUGCUUGCAUCUCUGCGCAUAAGCAACCGUGGGAUCUGCAUACGGUGGUAAUCUGGCUUUGUAGAGCAAACGCAUCUUUGAAGGAGGGGGACUGAUCGUGGUUUUGGGCGGCAUCGUUUUCUGUUGUUCGAAUGUUCUCAAGUCGGCCGAUGCCGCUGCUCAGUCGCUUGAACUGGAUAGAGUUUCAGGAGCCAAGGAUUUCUAGCCGAGCGUGGAAGCUGAGCGACGUUGUGCAGCCCGUCCAUGUGACCUCGAGACCGAUGACUC